CACCAAACUGCAAGAUCAAAGCGACCAAAGCACAAUCGAUUGAUUCUAUCAUCGAGAGAGUCUUUUUGAGGGAAAGAACUGUUUUGAGUGCUCAAAGCUAAAGGAUACCAUAACAAAGAGAAUGAGCGCAAGUGCCGAAAGUAGAAUUAUGCAGCCUAUGAAAGGAGGCGCGGGUGUUGUUGUCGCCGAUGGAACAUUUACACACUCCCGCGAGAUGUUUCCAAGCAGGGAUCUUUUCCCUCUGGUUGCCCUGUUCUCGCCCUGGAGUCUCGUUCCUCCCCUGUCCUUGCAAGUAUUAAAGAAACGGGAAUUUUAGUUACAUCUUCCUCAUCAUCCUCAUCAUCGCAAAAUGGCAAUUUCUGCUUCAAGGCAGAAGCUGCCACGAGGAAACGGCGGCAAGUCGCACAGCAAGGAUUUUUUCAAGAAAACCAACUCAUUCUACCUUCCUCGAUGCCCCGUCUGGCUAGAGGGAGCGACUGGAGGCGGAUCCAAUCCACAAAAGGGGAUUGUGCUGAGCUGUGACGAAGAUUCCAGUGGCAAACGGUUCUAUUCAGCCCGAAUCCUAGAAGGCUGUGGUUCUACUGGUGCCAAGAUUAGAUACAAUAUCCCCUCAGCCCAGCUGCGCUAUCGGCCCAGAAAGAUGGAGGAGAACAAGAAGAUGGAUUCUGUGGCGGGGAGAACGGGAGCAGCUCAAGGCUACAACAAGCCGGCACCAGUAAAGCAGGCUCAUCCUGGUCACAGCAAGGACGACACCAAUCAGGCACGCUAUCCGCCGUCGACGAGCGCACAACGAGCCAGUGAUGGAGUCACAAACGUGCAAGCUAACCCAUUUCAGAAUAUUUCUCGACGUCGUCAUCAAAUGGAACGAGCCAAAAGCAUCCUGAGACCUUACUUGACGAGAGGUCGGCAUGAUGACAAUAUUUCGCGUAGUGUAUGUUGGUGGUAUCAUUUGGAAGGUUUUUGUGUCAAAGGCAAAUCCUGUCCUCGUACCCACGACAUGUUGACUCCAUCGCAAGCCAGAGAUCUGGAAGAUUCCUUGGCUCGUGCCAUCAGCCCUAACGGCCCCAUCUUUUCCAAAGGAGAUGGUGGAGGUGGCUUCAAGAAGCGACACCUGGAAGACUCUCACUCGAGGGACUAUCGCUCUGACAGAUGCAACGACGACAAGAGACGGCGAACUACAACGGAACCAUACACCACAUCUCGUCCAAUUGCAAGGACUGAAGUCGAGCACUUUCUUCCUGCCUUUUUGUUCGGGGCUGAUUUCUUUCAAGAGGUCAUUGACUCUGCUCGAAGAUCUCUCGAGGCAAAGUACGACUGCUCCAUUCAUCUCGGACCUGCCGGAAGGAGCAGCAAAUUGUUGCUGAGGGUUGUUGGAAACAGCAAGGAACAGCUGUGGAAUUGCAUCCAUGAAGUUGAGAUUCGUCUAGUGAAUGCAUUACCCCGGAAACUUCGUGGGCGUCUUCUGAGCCAACUUGCAAUUGCGAACGAGACACACGGGAGGGGAAUUGUUUAUGUGCGUGACCCAUGUGCCUUCAAUCUUGGGCUUGGUAGCGAUUACAGACACUUGAACGUGAUCCCUCUGGGCCCAGUAGGCAACCAAGAAAAAUACAUUGUGCCAUGGGACCUUGUACAAGAUGGGACUAUACAACGAGCACACCCUCGUUGCCACCUGCUAGUUGUGGAGCACAAGAAUCCUGCUUUUCCCGCUGUGAAACCAUUUGUCUUGAUUUCUGGGACCAGUCACGACGCUGUGAAAUAUUGCCGGGCUGAUAUAUUUAUUCGCGCCUUUGGCCCUCGCAAGUAUGCUAGCUGAAGACAAACAAAAUUGUUCACGUAGC